GUAAGAGACACUUUGGCCCCGCCCGUUUCUGGUUCGGGUGGCUGUCAUGUGAUUGUGGAACGUUGCUAGAUGGAGAAGCAGACUAGUUUUUCAGAGACUGUAACCCUUAAUAAUGGUGUAACCAUGCCCCUUCUGGGACUGGGUACCUUCCACUUGCGUGGGCUCCAGGAUGUUACACAGUCUGUGGACGCUGCCCUUGCAUGUGGCUACCGAUUAUUUGACACUGCUAGUGUUUACAGAAACGAAGAAGAGCUGGGUCAUGCUUUGCACCAGCUUUUGCCUCUUCACGGUCUAACACGCUCUGAUAUUUUCAUUACCAGUAAGCUUUCUCCUGCUGAUCUGGGCAAGGGAGCACGAGAAGCCUGUCUACGUAGUUUGGAAAGAUUAGGGUGUGAAUACCUUGAUCUCUAUUUGAUACACUGGCCGGGCAGGCAAGGCUGGAAGAGUGAUGAUGCCCGUAAUGCAAAGGCAAGACAAGAAGCCUGGAAGUCAAUGGAAGAUCUUUAUGAAGCAAGGUAUAUAAGAGCCGUGGGGGUAUCCAACUAUACAGAGACUCACUUGGCAGAACUCUUAACAACAUGCCGUGUAUGGCCUGCUGUAUUGCAAGUGGAGUUUCACCCGUGGCUUCCACAAAAAUCCCUCCUAAACUGGUGUAGGGAAAAUGGUGUCUCCCUACAGGCUUACUCAUCUUUGGGGUGUGGAGAUCUAUUAAAUAAGGAGGAGGUGAAGAAAGUAGCAAAAGCCCAUAGAAAAACAACCUCCCAAGUGCUGCUGCGUUGGGCUCUUAAACAAGGUGUAGGGGUUAUACCCAAGUCUGCAGACCCUAGUAGAAUUAAAAGCAAUUUUGAUGUUUGGGACUUUGACUUAAGUGAGGAGGAUAUGCAGGAGUUAAGUGGAGAUGGUAAAGAGCAUAGGUAUUGUUGGAACCCCAAGGGGGUGGCAUAGAAAUAAUCACAUUCCAUAAUAAAAACUGCUAAAUGACUUGAGCAAUGUGUUUAUAAUACAAAAAUAUUUAACUGAAAUAUUAAGCUACUUGUUCUCUUCUGGCAAUCUUAUUUUUAAGAAUUGUCUUAUGUUUAUUACUUGAUAUCCUUGGCAUUACUUAAGCCUUUCAGGACCAGUGUUUCUUUUUAAGCAUGUUUGCGCUAAAUAAUUGACCAGAGCGGU